AUGUAUGGCUAUCCAGCCUAUGCGUCGCUGCCACCAUCCCAUGCAUCCGCUGGUAUAUACGGUGUCCCGCCAGUGCAGCAGGAAUUAUCGAAUCCUGCUGUAUUUGAGUCGAUGUACAGAGGUCAGCUAGCACAGCUCACAUUCAACUCCAAGCCUAUCAUUACGAAUCUGACCCUUAUUGCGCAAGAGCAUGUGCAUCGCAUGUCUACAAUAGUUGCCAAGCUCGUGGAUGCUCACAUUAUGAUGGCACCGCCGCCACAUCGAUUGCCAGCAUUGUAUCUGAUGGACUCGAUCUGCAAGAACGUUGGAUCUCCCUAUACAGAGUUGUGGGCCCCUCGGGCUGCAGUGCUGUUUAUGGAGUCGUAUCGGAUUGUGGAUCAGCCGACGCGGAGGCGUAUGGAAGAGCUCUUGGCGACAUGGCGAGAUGCCGGCCCUGGCGGUCGGCCCAUGCUUGGCGAUACGACGCAGCAGACGAUUGAGCGGUCCUUGUACGGAAGUCAGAGUGCGCCGGUCAAAUCCUCGGUCGGUCCAAGCAAGGCUCAGGUCAUUGCGAAUAUUGAGCGGCUUAUGGCUCUUAGCACGAAGAACUUAUCUCACCAGCCAAGCAGCACAGUUGCGCAGGAACAGUUGACCUGUUGCGUGAGCUCAAGGACCAGGUCGUCAAUACGGAUCCCUCGGCGGAAUUACUAG